AUGGGGAAUGGUAGCCUUUCAGUCCUUCGGCGGCUUACUCUAUGGUGGUUUGGUCCUCCAGUGCCGGGCGAAGCCGGACAUCCGGGAACUAAAAGGCGGGCACCCGCUCCCGUUACGGAAUCAUGGCGGCGCCCGCUCGCCCCGUACGGAACUGCGGCGUCUCUUUCUCCCGCCUCCGCCGCUGUUGGGGCGGGAGCGGCGGGGACGGUGGGGGUUAAUCGGGGACUGGAGGGGCACGGCGUCAGUGGGGAAGUGAAGGCGUUUGUGCCCGGCGGGGCAGCUGGCCCGGGUCCUUCAGUCAGUCCUGCAGCGGCCAUCUCGGGUGUGGCUUGGCCCUCCAGGGAGCCCGUCAGUCCUCCAGGUUUCAUCUUUAUGGUGUCUCGGUCCUCCGGGACAUGCGCAGAAGCAACUACUGGCAUUCGGAGCAGCGCUUACGCGGGCUGCCCAGCAGCCGGGUGCCCUUCGGCUUCUUGCGGCGCUACUGCGCAUGAGCAGCACUCCCGGCGGGAAACAGGAGGAAUUAUGAAUGAAGAGCGGUGCUGGGCGCGGGGCCGCCCUCUGCGCGGGUGCGGAGAUGUUAAGCGGAGAGGUCCCCGUGGUUCCCACGAGUGUUCUCAUGGAACAAUCACAGUGCUCCUGCUCAUGGCGCUCAGUACAACAUGGCUGCUGAGAGAGGCUGAGGCUCUGCUGCCGCUGCUCCUGGGUUCCUUCCCUCACACGAACAUCACUGCCCAGGACAGGUCACCUUCUGCAUGCCCAGGUGACCUUGCCCCAGCUCUUCUUGCCACAUCUGCUCCUGCCCCAUUGCCAUACUGCCAGUUUAGGAGGGAACAUGGCCUGCAUCAAACUAUCAAGUUAAAAGCAAAGUUAAAGACAAGAAGUUUGGAAGCAGAACUUCAAAGAGCACUGGAGAAUGCACCCUUGAGAUUCUAAAACUGAUAAUGAAAAUGUGGUAUCAGUGUAUGUCCAAGGUGUGCUACAAUAUAUCAAAUGUAUCUUGAAGCACGAUUUGUAUAUUCUAUGUAUCACCCUUUUGCUUCAUUCUGGAAAGAGGAAAACAUUAUCCUGUAAAGUAUCAU